AUGGUUUCGCUUAUAAAGUCGAUCAAAGCUCAUAGCGACAAGGCGUGGUCGGUUUCUGCACAUAAAACCGUUCCACUUUUGGCAACUGCUUCCACUGAUAAAACAUCUAAGAUCUACAAGCUCUCAGUGAAACAGAACUUUCCUCAAGUAGCUCAAUUGGAAGAUACACACAAACGAUCCGUGAGAGCGGUUUCAUUCAAGCCGCCUUUACCCGGAGUUGAGUCAAACUUUUUGGACUUGCCAGCUUUAGCUCUGGGUUCAUUUGAUAGCACGAUUUCCAUUUGGGGUAUCGAUGAACCCGAAACAGAAAUUCUUCUGAGCCCCAGAAACGAAUGGAACUUGAUGGCCAUCAUUGAAGGGCACGAGAACGAAAUCAAGGCUGUGGGCUGGAACCACAAUGGAAGUCUUCUUGCUUCUUGUUCUAGAGACAAGACUGUCUGGAUUUGGGAAACCGACCCCGAGACUUUGGAAGAGUUCGAAUGUAUUUCUGUGCUAAAUGACCACCAGCACGAUAUAAAACAUGUUGUGUGGCAUCCGCAUCAAAAUUUGCUUGCACUGAGUUCGUAUGAUGAUACUAUUAGAUUGUACAAACAAGAUUUGGACGACGAUGAUUGGUCUUGCGUUGGUGUACUCAACGGCCACGAAGGAACAGUGUGGUGUUCUCAGUUUGAGGAUAAUCAUAGACAUCAAGAAUCUAAUGAAUCAUCGAAUAGAUCGAAGAUACGGUUGGUGUCGGUUAGUGACGACAUGACCGCACGAAUCUGGUCCAAGUACAUCCCCAGUUCCAUCAAACACAAGUCAGAGAUGGUCUGGGAACAGGAAUCAAUCCUCCCUCCAGUGCACCAAUAUCCCAUCUAUUCUGUGGCCUGGUCGGCACAAUCCGGCAAGAUUGCUACCGUAGGCUCCGAUGGGAAGAUAGUCAUAUACAUAGAAGGUGAUGACAACAGUUGGUCCAUAGACUCUGUAAAGGAGUCUGCUCAUGGGGUUCAUGAAAUCAACAGCAUUAUCUGGGCUUUGUUGGAUGAUCAACUGGAGGUUCUUGUGACUGCUGGAGACGAUGGUUGUGUGAACAUAUGGAAGCCAUAG